UCAUACCACGUGGUUUUGUGACGGUCGUUUGGACGCCAUUUGUUGGAAGAACCUUUCAUUGCAUUACUUUGACAGAUAUCCAACAUUUAUAAUGACAAGCCUUGACUCCCAAACCUCCGAGGGAGAUUCAGAUAACAUGAACCCUGAACCAAGAGAACAAUUUAUUGUCCGUGCCCGUGGGUUGCCUUGGUCAGCAACUGCAGAUGAUGUUGCAACCUUUUUUUCAGGGUGUAACAUUAGAGAUGGCCCAAAGAAUGGCAUUCACUUCACUUACAGUUCUGAUGGACGUCCAAGUGGUGAAUGUUUUGUAGAGCUUGUAUCUCUUGAAGAUAUGGAAAAAGCUUUGAGCAAGCGUAACAACUUUAUCGGCAAGAGGUAUGUUGAAGUGUUUGAGUGUAAGAAUGGUGAAAUGGAGUUCACCUGCAAGAGAAUGGGACAACCACCUGAUCAAGGACAUGAAACUGUUUUGCGACUUAGAGGACUGCCAUAUAACUGUUCUAAAGAGGAGAUUGCCCACUUCUUUUCAGGGCUGGAGAUAGUUCCCAAUGGGAUAACAAUCACUCUUGACGAGGACGGGAAGACCACGGGGGAUGCUUUUGUGGAAUUUGCUUCUCCUGAUAUAGCUCAGCAGGCUCUGAAAAAAAACAAAGAAACAAUAGGGCACAGAUACAUUGAGAUAUUUAAGAGCAAAAAAACAGAUAUCAAAUACGUUUCUGCCCCAAAACUUAAACCUUUGAUGUCAACCAGACCUGGACCCUAUGACCGAUCCGGAGGUUUUGGUGGAGGAAGAGGACGGUUUGGUGGAGGUGGAAAUGAAAGAAGAUACAGGGGAAGAGGUAACCUUGGAGGUCCAGUCUUUGGUGGCGGCUAUGGUGGUGACUUUAAUGGAUAUGGAGGUGGACGUGGGGGAGGUGGUCGAAGUGGCCGUGGUGGCAGAGGAUCAUCUGGCAGAGGUGGAUUUCGUCAUGGAAGGGGUGGUGGAGGAGGUGGUAACUUUGGAAUGAUGUCAAGCACUGGUCACACUGUUCACAUGCGAGGACUACCAUAUGCUGCCAAGGAGAGUGAUGUUAAACAAUUCUUCAUGCCUCUUAACCCUGUCAGUGUAUGGAUGGAAUAUGAUAAUGGUUCUUUCAAUGGGCAAGUGGAUGUGGACUUUGCAACACAUGAGGAUGCACAAGCAGCUAUGCUAAAAAACAAAUCAUCAAUGGGUCAUCGUUACAUAGAACUGUUCUUGCGAUCCAAUCCUGAGAGUGGAAAUAGCCAGGGGUGGGGUGGCUCAGGAGGAGGACACAACUUUAGUGGUGGACAUGGUGGUGGAGGUGGUAACUUCAGAGGAGAUAACUUUGGAGGAGGGAAUUUCAGUGGUGGUGGGGGAAACUUCAAUGAUGGUGGCAACUUUAACAACUUUGGUGGUGGUGGAGGUGGUGGAAAUAAUUUUAACAACCAAGGUAAUAUGGGAGGAUUUGGUGGCCAAGGAAACCAGAACACUGGCUUCAACAACCAGCAGCAGCAACAGCAAGGUGGCUUUGGUAACCAGAUGCAAGGUGGUGGUGGUGGGAAUUUUGGAAACCAAGGCAACACCUUCGGUAACACUGCUUCAGCUGGGUUUGGUUCCGCCCCUAGUGGUGGAAACUUCACCUCACAGUCUAACUAUGGGCAGAGUACUAACUAUGGUGCUUCAGGUUACGGAGGGCAGAUGUCAUCAGCUAUGAACACAGGGAUGAACACAGCAAUGAACACUGGCAUGAACACAGGGAUGAAUACAGCCAUGAACUCAGCAAUGAACACGGCCAGUUAUGCAACUCAGGCAGCCUUUAGCAAUCCUGCUCAACAGAACACUCCUUUUAAUCAGCAACAGCAGCAGCAGCAGCAACAGCAACAACAGCAGACAGCAUAUACAGACAGCUCAGCAUAUGGGGCAUCAGCUGGAGGAUCAUUCUUUGGUGGCAUGCAGACACAAAUUAAGCAGGAGCCCCAAGCCACAGCCAACCCAGGCAUGGUGUCUUAUCCUGGAUAUCAGUGAUCUGUUUUACCUGCUAUGACAUACAAAGGACAAGUGUUUAUGUAACCCUUUUAUCAUCUGCUCCAGAGGAACAAUUUUAAGGAGGCAGCAUAGGGCAUGUGUUAGAUACCUGUGUAUUAUAUAACAAGUAACAAAACAAGAUUAAGUUGCUGUUGCUUUUAGUUGUUAUUCACUGAUUUUCGUAUCAUGAACAUUGUCUGGUUAUUUACUUCACUUAAUGUUCAGCUCUACAAAGUAGCUGGCAGAAUGUUUUGUUUAAGGCACUUUUUGUUUUCCUUUUGAUCCAAAAUGUGGCUUCUAAAGCACAUUUGUUUUAUAUAAACAUGUUUGUACUGAUUUUAGUCACUUCAUUUAAAUCUUUGUUGUGCGUUUAGUUAGCUAUCAACUGAAAGCAACGAGAAAAGGGAAUGAACUUUGUAUAAGUUUAUCGACACAAUUAAGAUAUUUAACAGGUUUUCAAGAAAAGUAAUGUUAAUAUGGCGAUGUGACCUUUUUUUUUAGCUUUCUGGGACCCAUAUGGGUUUCGUAAUAAAUUGAUUGGUUUACAGCACUGCUA